AUGCCCCCACGAACAAUCUACCUAAUAACCUCCCGCCCAAACCCCACCCACCGCUCUCACUUCGCCAUCUUCAUCCCAACACCGCACCACCAAACCGGCACCCUGAUCCACGCAACCGGCGCCCCAAAAGCAGGCUACACCCUCGAGUUCAAACGCAACCACUGCCCCGCCGCCGACACGCAAGAAAAAUACACCGUCUUCCCCAUCGGCGAGAUAGACUCGGACAAAAUCGUCGACAGCCCGGCAGGCGAUAGCGCCAAGCGCAGCGAUUGCGUGCCGCGUGGUGCGGUCGAGGACGCAGCGGCGAGGGUCGCGAUGCCGGGGAUUAGUGAGAACUUUUUGGCGCCGGUCACUGAUGUGGGUGUUUUCGUUCCUGUUGCUAUUUUGGGUUGA